AUGAGCUCUGAUGCAGAAAUGGCCGUUUUUGGAGAAGCCGCCCCCUAUCUGCGGAAACCAGAGAAGGAGAGAAUUGAAGCGCAGAACCGCCCAUUUGAUUCUAAGAAAUCCUGCUUUGCAGUGGAUGAUAAGGAACUAUAUGUGAAAGGUAUGAUUCAGAGCAGAGAAGAUGACAAAGUCACGGUCAAGACCCUCGAUGACCGGACUCUCAUUCUGAACAGUGACCAGGUCUUCCCCAUGAACCCUCCCAAAUUUGACAAGAUCGAGGAUAUGGCCAUGAUGACCCAUCUGCAUGAGCCCGCUGUCCUGUACAACCUCAAAGAGCGCUAUGCAGCCUGGAUGAUCUAUACCUACUCGGGCCUCUUCUGUGUCACCGUCAACCCCUACAAGUGGCUGCCAGUGUAUAACCCCGAGGUGGUGGCCGCCUACCGAGGCAAAAAGAGCCAGGAGGCCCCGCCCCACAUCUUCUCCAUCUCUGACAACGCCUAUCAGUUCAUGCUGACUGAUCGAGACAACCAGUCUAUUCUCAUCACCGGAGAAUCUGGUGCGGGGAAGACGGUGAACACCAAGCGUGUCAUCCAGUACUUUGCAACAAUUGCAGUUACUGGGGACAAGAAGAAGGAGCAACAGUCAGGCAAAAUGCAGGGGACCCUGGAGGAUCAGAUCAUCCAGGCCAACCCCCUGCUGGAGGCCUUUGGAAACGCCAAGACCGUGAGGAAUGACAACUCCUCGAGAUUUGGGAAGUUCAUUCGGAUUCAUUUUGGAGCCACAGGAAAGCUGGCAUCGGCAGACAUUGAAACCUAUCUCUUAGAGAAAUCCAGAGUGACGUUUCAGUUAUCCAGUGAGAGGAGCUAUCAUAUUUUUUACCAAAUCAUGUCAAACAAGAAGCCAGAACUAAUUGACCUGCUUCUGAUCUCAACCAACCCCUUUGACUUCCCCUUCGUGAGCCAAGGAGAGGUCACCGUGGCCAGCAUCGAUGAUAGCGAAGAACUGUUGGCAACUGAUAAUGCCAUUGACAUCCUGGGCUUCAGCUCCGAGGAGAAGGUUGGGAUCUACAAGCUCACGGGCGCCGUGAUGCACUACGGGAACAUGAAGUUCAAGCAGAAGCAGCGGGAGGAGCAGGCGGAGCCCGACGGCACGGAAGUGGCUGACAAAGCUGGGUACCUGAUGGGUCUGAAUUCUGCAGAAAUGCUGAAAGGCCUGUGCUGCCCGAGGGUGAAGGUCGGGAACGAGUAUGUCACUAAAGGGCAAAAUGUCCAGCAGGUGACCAACUCCGUGGGUGCUCUGGCCAAAUCCAUCUACGAGAAGAUGUUCCUGUGGAUGGUCACCCGCAUCAACCAGCAGCUGGACACCAAGCAGCCCAGGCAGUACUUCAUCGGGGUCUUGGACAUCGCUGGCUUUGAGAUCUUCGAUUACAACAGCCUGGAGCAGCUGUGCAUCAACUUCACCAACGAGAAACUGCAACAGUUUUUCAACCACCACAUGUUCGUGCUGGAGCAGGAGGAGUACAAGAAGGAAGGCAUCGAGUGGGAGUUCAUUGACUUCGGGAUGGACCUGGCUGCCUGCAUUGAGCUCAUCGAGAAUUUAGACCCCAGGACCCCUGGAGGAGGGACCAUGGAGCAGUGGGGUGACUCCGGGGGGAGCAAGAAAGGAGGGAAGAAGAAGGGCUCCUCCUUCCAGACCGUGUCGGCGGUGUUCAGGGAAAACCUAAACAAACUGAUGACCAACCUGAGGAGCACUCACCCUCACUUUGUACGAUGUCUGAUUCCCAAUGAAACCAAGACUCCUGGCGUGAUGGACCACCACCUGGUCCUGCACCAGCUGCGCUGCAACGGGGUCCUCGAGGGCAUCCGCAUCUGCCGGAAGGGCUUCCCCAGCCGGCUCCUCUAUGCCGACUUCAAGCAGCGCUACCGGCUCCUCAACGCCAGCGCCAUACCGGAAGGGCAGUUCAUUGACAGUAAAAAUGCCUCCGAGAAGCUUCUGACCUCCAUCGACGUGGACCGGGGGCAGUACCGGUUUGGCCACACCAAGGUGUUUUUCAAAGCUGGGCUCCUGGGACUUCUGGAGGAGAUGAGGGAUGAGAAGCUGGUGAUCCUGAUGACGCGCACGCAGGCCCUGUGCCGAGGGUACCUGAUGCGGGUGGAGUUCAAGAAGAUGGUGGAGAGGAGGGACUCCAUCUUCUGCAUCCAGUACAACAUCCGCUCUUUUAUGAACGUCAAGCACUGGCCCUGGAUGAACCUGUUCUUCAAGAUCAAGCCCCUCCUCAAGAGUGCGGAGGCGGAGAAGGAGAUGGCCACCAUGAAGGAGGACUUCCAGAGGGCCAAGGAGGAGCUGGCCAGGUCUGAGGCUCGCCGGAAGGAGCUGGAGGAGAAAAUGGUGUCCCUGCUGCAGGAAAAGAAUGACCUCCAGUUGCAGGUCCAGUCUGAAACGGAAAACCUGAUGGACGCCGAGGAGCGGUGUGAGGGGCUCAUCAAAUGCAAGAUUCAACUGGAAGCAAAGGUCAAGGAGCUGAAUGAGAGGCUGGAGGAGGAGGAAGAGACGAACUCUGAGCUUGUUGCCAAGAAGAGGAACCUGGAGGAUAAGUGCUCCUCUCUCAAAAGAGACAUUGAUGACCUGGAGCUGACCCUGACCAAAGUGGAGAAGGAGAAGCAUGCCACGGAGAACAAGGUAAAGAACCUUUCCGAGGAAAUGACGGCCCUUGAAGAAAGCAUCUCCAAGCUGACCAGGGAGAAGAAGGCCCUGCAGGAGGCCCACCAGCAGACACUGGAUGACCUGCAGGUUGAAGAGGACAAAGUCAAUGGUCUCAUCAAAGUCAACGUCAAGCUGGAGCAGCAGGCAGAUGACCUCGAGGGCUGCCUGGAGCAGGAGAAAAAGCUGCGGGCCGACCUGGAGAGAGUGAAGAGGAAGCUGGAAGGAGACCUGAAGAUGGCCCAGGAAGCCAUCAUGGAUCUGGAGAACGACAGGCAGCAAGUAGAGGAGAAACUGAAAAAGAAGGAGUUUGAAAUCAGUCAGUUACAGAGCAAGAUGGACGAUGAGCAAGUCCACAGUCUGCAGUUACAGAAGAAGAUUAAAGAGCUGCAGGCCCGCACUGAGGAGUUGGAGGAAGAGAUGGAAGCAGAACGCACGCUCAGGGGCAGGAUUGAGAAGCAGCGCUCGGACCUCUCCCGGGAGCUGGAGGAGAUCAGCGAGCGGCUGGAGGAAGCCAGCGGCGCAACCUCGGUCCAGAUUGAGAUGAACAAGAAGCGGGAGGCCGAGUUCCAGAAGCUGCGCCGGGACCUGGAGGAGGCCACCCUGCAGCACGAAGCCACGGCGGCCGCUCUGAGGAAGAAGCACGCAGACAGCGUGGCUGAACUUGGGGAGCAGAUAGACAACCUGCAGAGGGUCAAGCAGAAGCUGGAGAAGGAGAAGAGUGAGCUGAAGAUGGAGAUCGAUGACAUGGCCAGCAACAUCGAGAGCGUCUCCAAGUCGAAGAGUAACAUGGAGAGACUGUGCCGGACUGUGGAAGACCAGUUUAAUGAAAUCAAAGCCAAGGACGACCAGCAGACACAGUUAAUCCACGAUCUGAACAUGCAGAAGGCAAGACUGCAGACCCAAAACGGGGAGCUGAGCCACCAAGUGGAGGAGAAGGAGGUGCUGGUUUCACAGCUCACCAAAGGCAAGCAGGCCCUCACCCAGCAGCUGGAGGAGCUGAAGAGGCAACUGGAUGAAGAAACCAAGGCCAAGAAUGCCCUGGCCCACGCCCUGCAGUCCUCCCGCCACGACUGUGACCUGCUGCGGGAACAGUAUGAGGAGGAGCAGGAAGCCAAGGCCGAGCUGCAGAGGGCGCUGUCCAAGGCCAACAGCGAGGUUGCCCAGUGGAGGACCAAGUACGAGACGGACGCCAUCCAGCGCACGGAGGAGCUGGAGGAGGCCAAGAAAAAGCUGGCCCAGAGGCUCCAGGAAGCGGAGGAAAAUACGGAGGCCGUGAGCGCCAAGUGCGCGUCCCUGGAGAAAACCAAGCAGCGGCUCCAGGGCGAAGUGGACGACCUGAUGCUGGGCCUGGAGCGGGCCAACGCCGCCUGCGCCACCCUGGACAAGAAGCAGAGGAACUUCGACAAGGUCCUGGCAGAGUGGAAGCAGAAGCUGGAUGAGGGCCAAGCUGAGCUGGAGGCAGCUCAGAAAGAGUCCCGGUCACUGAGCACUGAAAUCUUCAAGAUGCGGAACGCCUACGAGGAGGUGGUGGAUCAGCUGGAGACGCUGAGGCGGGAGAAUAAAAAUCUGCAAGAGGAGAUUUCCGACCUAACCGAGCAGAUGGCAGAAAAUGGCAAGCACCUGCAGGAAGUGGAGAAGACCAAGAAGCAAGUGGAGCAGGAAAAGUCGGACCUCCAGGCUGCCCUGGAGGAGGUGGAGGGCUCCUUGGAACACGAAGAGAGCAAGAUUUUGCGUGUUCAGCUAGAGCUGAGCCAGGUAAGAUCCGAGCUUGACCGCAAGGUCACGGAGAAGGAUGAAGAAAUCGAGCAGCUAAAGAGAAACAGCCAGCGGGCAGCAGAGGCCAUGCAGACCAUGCUGGAUGCGGAGAUCCAGAGCCGGAAUGACGCCCUACGGCUGAAGAAGAAGAUGGAGGGAGACCUCAAUGAGAUGGAGAUCCAGCUGGGACACUCCAACCGCCAGCUGGCGGAGACCCAGAAGCACCUGCGCACAGUCCAGGGCCAGCUCAAGGACUCCCAGCUGCAGCUGGAUGAUGCCCUGAGGAGCAACGAGGACCUCAAGGAGCAGCUGGCCAUCACGGAGCGCAGGAGCGGCCUGCUGCUGGAGGAGCUGGAGGAGAUGAAGGCGGCCCUGGAGCAGACCGAGCGGACCCGCAGGCUGUCCGAGCAGGAGCUGCUGGACGCCAGUGACCGAGUGCAGCUGCUGCACUCCCAGAACACAAGCCUGAUAAACAUCAAGAAGAAACUGGAAGCUGACAUAGCCCAGUGCCAGGCAGAGGUGGAGAACUCUAUCCAGGAAUCCAGAAACGCAGAGGAGAAGGCCAAGAAAGCCAUCACGGACGCGGCCAUGAUGGCCGAGGAGCUGAAGAAGGAGCAGGACACCAGCGCCCACCUGGAGCGGAUGAAGAAGAACCUGGAGCAGACGGUGAAGGACCUGCAGCACCGUCUGGAUGAGGCUGAGCAGAUGGCCCUGAAGGGCGGGAAGAAGCAGAUCCAGAAGCUGGAGAACCGGGUGAGGGAGCUGGAAAACGAGCUGGAUGCUGAGCAGAAGAGGGGAGCCGAAGCUCUGAAGGGGACACACAAAUACGAGCGAAAAGUCAAGGAGAUGACUUACCAGGCCGAGGAGGACCGCAAGAACAUUCUGAGGCUCCAGGACCUGGUGGACAAGCUGCAGGCCAAAGUGAAGGCGUACAAGAGGCAGGCCGAGGAGGCCGAGGAGCAGGCCAACACGCAGCUAUCCAGAUGCCGGAGGGCCCAGCAUGAGCUGGAGGAGGCCGAGGAGCGGGCAGACAUCGCUGAGUCCCAGGUCAACAAACUGAGGGCCAAGAGCCGCGAUGUUGGGGGCCAGGUGAGAGCAGACUUCUUCCCUAGACGUGCUAUGCUCCAGGGAGGGUUCAGAGGAAGAUGGAAGAAUGAGGCCCUCCUGAUGCCUGUUGCCAUGGGCACCUCCAGCAUCCUCACUAUUGUUAUAAUCAUCAUCACCAUCAUCAUCAUCACUGUCACUGCUAUCACUAUCAUCAUUUCUAUCCUUACCACCGCCACCACUGUCACCACCAUGGUCACCACCAUCAUCAUCGUCAUGGCUGAAUAUUAG